AUGUCUUUCGGAAAGAUCUACAGCUACAGCGGUAACCCGCGCACCACGUCCCUCCUUGCGGUCGCAAAGGAGAACGGCCUCGAUAUCGAAGUUGUCGACACAGAGCCGGCCAAGGGCGUCUCCACCGAGUACCUGAAGCUCAACAAGCUCGGCAAGGUCCCCACCUUCGAGGGCGCCGACGGCUUCGUGCUGUCCGAGGCGAUUGCCAUUGCCGUCUACCUCGCCUCCCAGAACGAGAAGACCAGCCUGCUCGGCAAGACCAAGCAGGAUUACGCCACCAUCCUCCGCUGGAUGUCCUUUGUCAACACCGAGGUCCUCCCCCCCCUCGGUGGCUGGUUCCGUCCCAUCAUCGGACGUGACCCCUACAACAAGAAGAACGUCGAUGAGUCACAGAAGGCUGCUCUCAAGGCCGUCCACGCCUUCGAGGAGCACCUCCUCACCCACACGUAUCUCGUCGGUGAGCGUCUGACUCUGGCCGACAUCUUCGCUGCGAGCAUCAUCGCCCGCGGCUUCCAGUUCUUCUUCGACAAGGCGUGGAGGGCCGAGAACCCCAACGUCACUCGCUGGUACGAGACCAUCUACAACACCCCCAGCUACUCGGCGGUUGCCCCCAAGCUCGAGUUCAUCGAGGAGGCCGUCAAGUAUGUUGCCCCCAAGAAGGAGGCUGCCCCCAAGGCCGAGAAGCCCAAGGCUGCCCCCAAGCCCAAGGCCGCUGAGCCCGAGGAGGAGGACGAGGCCCCCGCCGCGCCCAAGCCCAAGCACCCUCUCGAGGCCCUUCCCCGCGCCACCUUCGUCCUCGACGACUGGAAGCGCAAGUACUCCAACGAGGAGACCCGCGAGGUUGCCCUUCCCUGGUUCUGGGAGAACGUCAACUUCGAGGAGUACUCCCUCUGGACCAUUGACUACAAGUACAACGAUGAGCUCACCCUCACCUUCAUGACCUCCAACUUGAUUGGUGGCUUCUUCGCUCGUCUUGAGGCUUCUCGCAAGUACAUUUUUGGCUGCACUUCCGUCUACGGCCAGGCCAACGACUCCGUUAUCAAGGGUGCAUUCCUCGUCCGUGGCCAGGAAGCUCUCCCUGCUUUCGAUGUCGCUCCCGACUGGGAGUCGUACGAGUUCACCAAGCUCGACCCCACCAAGGAUGAGGACCGCAAAUUUGUCGAGGACCAGUGGUCCUGGGACAAGCCCAUUGAGGUCAACGGCAAGUCCUACGAGUGGGCCGAUGGCAAGGUCUUCAAGUAA